AUGCCUCAAACAGCGUCAGAGUUGGGUAAGAUGAAAGACGAAUAUGCUGGUAAGAUACUGUCUGCAUUUUAUGGUACAGGUCCCAAAGCAUACUGUAUAGAUGCGGUAGACCAAGUAGCUAAACGAGCCAAAGGUAUAUCUAAGGCGAGUGUAAAAAAUCAGUUACAUUUGCUACAUUAUAAGGAUAUUGUUGAGGAGAAACGGACAUCUGUAUACUGUACGAUUUAUGUAUUUAAAUCGGAGUCGCACAAUAUCUACACAAAUUAUAUAAAAAAAGUAGCAUUGACCAGUACGGAUGAUAACGUUUCUUGA